GUGCUUGCUUAGCUUCGCGUGUAGCAGUGCUUUGAUUGGCGGACAUGCCGCACAUUCUGGGUCAGCCUCUAAUCUCACUAUGACCAGAAAGGCAGGUCGGAUCUGCCAAGAGUGCCAAGAACGCACUCUAUGCCAGUUCCAUGUAAUAGGAUUGCUGCUUGGUCCAUCGCAGGAUGGUUCUGUAAGCGGUGGGUUGUGUACCUGGUCGCUGGAGGCUUGACGGGCGAGAAGAUGACGAAAUACGGAAUGUCUCAUGCGGCAUAUACGGGACAGUUGAGUAUAAAGUGAGGGUCAGAGCUGUGUUUGAACUGGCCACUUCCUUCAACAUUCUUGCAGCCUUCGCGUGCAAAUUUGAUCAAAAUGGUUGUCUGUAGAUCGUUGACUGCUGUCGUCGCCUGCGCAGCUACCUUUGUGGAUGCUGCGGCUUUGUUGCCUCGUGCUAACUCCACCAAAAAGCUUGUCACUUCUGAAGCUCUGAGGCAUCUUCUCGAGAUUGACAACUUGUAUGCGAAAGCGGAGCACCUACAGGAGAUCGCAUACAGCACUGAGGGUAAGAACCGUGUUAUUGGCAGCAAGGGACACGAGGACACAGUUGCUUGGAUCAAGGAUACGCUUGGCCAAUUUCCGGAGUACUACACUGUGAAACUGCAGGAGGUUCCACUCCUAGUCGGUGUGUCAGCGAAUCUCUCUGCCAACAACAAGACCAUCGAGGUUUAUCCCGUUACGCUUGCACCCGAGGGUGACGUUUCUGGCCCACUUGUUGCCAUCCCUAAUCUGGGCUGUGAAGAGGCGGAUUUUACGGAAAGUUUGGAGGGCAAGAUCGCUCUUAUCAACCGUGGCACCUGCUCUUUCGGAAUCAAGGUUCAACUCGCAGCUGCAAAGGGUGCUCUUGGUGUGAUUGCUUGGAACAAUGCUGAGGGCACGCUCGAAGGCUAUUCGCUGCAACUCUUCGAGGAUUCCACUAAGCCUUAUGUCGCUGUAGGCGGCAUUACACUUGGCCAGGGCGAAUCACUGCUGGCUCAGCUUCAGGCUGGCGUCAACAUUGACGUUCAUCUGAAGACAGUCGUUCAGAAUGCUUCCAGCUACAACGUAAUUGCCGAAACGAUCGCUGGUGACCAUGAAAACGUCAUUCACGUUGGAGGCCACUCGGAUUCAGUCACAGCAGGCCCAGGAAUUAACGAUAACGGUUCCGGCUCAAUCUCAAUCCUGGAGAUUGCCAUUCAGCUGACUAAAUUCACUGUCAACAAUGCGGUCCGAUUUUCCUGGUGGACUGGCGAAGAGGCUGGUUUGUUGGGGGCCGAGUACUACGUCAAGCAGCUGUCACAGGCUGAGAAGGAUAAGAUACGUCUUUUCCUCGACUUUGACAUGAUGGCAUCACCCAACUAUGCGAUUCAAAUCUACGAUGGCGACGGUUCUGCAUUCAAUUCUACCGGUCCUGUUGGUUCUGCAGAAGCGGAGCACGAGUUCACUGCAUACUUUGACAACCUCGGGCUCAACCAUACAGAAAUCGAAUUCGACGGGCGCUCCGACUAUGGACCUUUCCUUGAGGCUGGUAUCGCAGCUGGUGGCAUUGCCGGUGGAGCCGAGGGCAUUAAGACCCAGGAAGAAUUCGAGAUGUUUGGUGGUGGCGCCGGUGUUCCCUACGACGUCAACUACCACGAGGACGGUGACACAGUCAACAACCUCAAUCUCGAAGCCUGGAUCGAGUUCUCAAGGGCUAUUGCGCACAUGACGGCUACGUACGCGCGCAGCUGGGAGACGAUUCCACCUAGGAAUGCAACAGCAUCAGUGAAGAGAUCUGAGAAAUACCACGAGUAUAAGAAAGUAUUCCAGAAGACCAAGAGGUACCAGAAGUGGGUUUAGAAACACGUUUUAUGCUCAAGUAGAAGGCAGUAACGGCUAGGUGUUGGACCAAUAGCUACACUGUUCUAUAUUGAAUCAAAGUGCUGCCCGAACCAGUGUUCCUAUCGUGCUUCCUGUUCAAGCUUGGGUGCAAUGCUCGAUACUCAGAGUAAGACAAGUGUGGCUGUGCUUUGCUCCGUUGAAGACACCCGUAAGGUGUCAGACUAGGAGGUUAGGGCCCUGGAUCGUACAUGAGCGUACUUUGCGAAAUGUCUUUCUGCUCGGGGCAGGAUCUUUUUCCGGACUUCCGGGCUCAAUGGACGAGCGUGUGUGCAUGCGCUUGACUGUGGCGCGGUUGCGGACGUGUGUGACAGACCCUUGCCCCACGCGCGGCUACAUCAGGGUAGGUAAAGCCGGGCGCGGCGGUGGUUGGCUGUUUGCUUUGUUUGCAUGGGCCACCGCCCCAACUUUCUGGCCAGCUU